CCUCUCCGGCCCGGGCCGUGACGGGAUGGAGGGCGGCGGUGGGGCUGACGGGGCGCCCGGCGCGGGGCCGGAACCGGGACCGGGACCAGGACCGGAGCCGCAGCCGGAGUCAGAGUCAGAGCCACAGCCGCACAUCGCGCUACCGCCACUGGGACCGGGCGCACCCCUCGGUUACCUGCACGUCCUGUGGCAGCGGGAGGAGCCCGCGGGCAAGAUCCCGGCCCGCCGCCUCCGCAGGGCCGCCCGCCUCCACCGUCGGCUGGGGCCGACGGGCAAGGAAGCCCACGCUCUGAAAAGGCUGCGUGAAGCUGCCAAUAGCAAUGAUUUGGACACAGUGCAGCAACUCUUGGAGGAUGGAACAGACCCCUGUGCUGCGGACGACAAAGGCCGGACAGCCCUACACUUUGCCUCCUGCAAUGGCAACGAUCACAUUGUCCAACUGCUUCUGGACCAUGGGGCUGACCCAAACCAGAGAGAUGGGCUGGGCAAUACUCCCUUACACUUGGCUGCCUGCACGAACCACGUUCCUGUCAUCACCACCCUACUGCGCGGAGGGGCCAGAGUUGAUGCCUUGGAUCGAGCUGGCAGAACCCCACUGCACCUUGCUAAAUCAAAGCUGAAUAUCCUGCAGGAAGGAUUCUCCCACAGCCUGGAGGCUGUACGCCUUGAAGUGAAGCAGAUUAUCCAGAUGUUGCGGGAAUACCUGGACCGUCUGGGGAGGCAUGAGCAAAAGGAACAGCUGGAUGACCUCUGCUCCAGGCUACAGAUGACUAGCACAAAGGAGCAGGUGGAUGAGGUUACAGAUCUCCUGGCCAGCUUCACGUCACUCAGCCUGCAGAUGCAGAAGAUGGACAACAGGUAAUGGGCUGCCAAAUCAUCUUCCUGAAGUAGCAGGAGAAGCCUUAGAGAGAAGAAAAGGAAGCUGAAGUUUGCUUCCCAGAUUGCUGGCUAAACAUUGCUGCCAGCAGCCGUUCCUGCCAGACUGACUCUCCAGUGGUGCUCAGGCUGUUCCUGUUGGUGCUGCCACAGCUGCCCCAUGGGGAGGCAGCAGGCUUUGCAUAACAAAGGCAACACAAGAACGCUGCAGCUGUGACUUUGGGAUAAAAGAGCUGCUCUACUUUUUACCAGUUGGGCUGGCAAUAAAUAGGGUACCCUUUCCAGAGAU